UCGAGAAUGCGUUUUUGGCGCGAAGAGGUACGAGUUCGUAAACAGUAUAUGAAGUGCUACGGGCGAAACUGAACGCGAUUUUCUAAUUAAAAAAAAAUGGGUUAAACGAGUACGCGAACGAAUUUCUAUUAUUUAUGUGUUUAUUUUAAGUGCGAGAUGCGCGUGGAAUUUUGCAAAAAUGGCAUUCAAAUUAAUGAAUGUCAAUAUAUAUUGCUUAUUGGAUUUUUACUUUUAUUGGAUGUCACAUUUGGGAAUGAUAAUGAGGCGGCGCCCGAGUCUCAUACACUUUUGCCGGCAAAGGUAGUAUGGGGCGUGACCGGUAAAGACGUCGAACUUCCCUGUGACGUUACACCGCCAAUUCCAUCAGAUUCGGUUAAAAUGAUUUUCUGGUUUAAGGACUCCACGGGGAUGCCUUUAUAUAGCUUGGACGCAAGAGGGGGUCCGUUAAGUGAAGCAUCGCAUUUAGCAAUGACCGACGAGCUCGGUUCCCGCUCCUAUUUUAUAAUCGACGAAGAACCGGCUAAAGCUCGCCUCAGAAUUCAGAAAAUCAACGCGGAAGAUGAAGGGGUGUUUCGAUGUCGCGUCGAUUUCAUUAACUCGCCAACACGCAACUUUAAAGUUAACCUAACUUUAGUAGUGCAGCCAUCUCAGCCGAAAGUCUUUGACGUUGAGGGUAAAGAGGUUAACUCAGAUGCGGGACCUUUUUUAGAGGGACGUGAACUGUUUCUAUCCUGUCAAGUAAAUGGAGGUCGACCGCGUCCGUCAGUAAGUUGGUGGCAUAAUGGAACUGUUUUGGAUGGUGUUAUUGACUCUUCAUUAGAAUCGUACAAAAUUGUUAAUGACUUGGUAAUAUCCCGCUUACCUCGAAACUUUUACGGAACCUACCUGGAGUGUAAGGCAUCCUCGUCUCAUCUUGCCGGCGAUAUCGUACGAAAAAUCUCCCUAAAAGUCUACCUGAAACCCAACAAGGUAAAGAUCGUUUCGCCUAACGAUCUUCUUUCUGUCAACAAGGUGCAUACGAUACGUUGCGAAACUUCAGGCUCCUCGCCUCCUGCCAAGCUUUCGUGGUUUCUUGGUGGUAAACCUAUUAAAAGCUCUACCUUGACAGAGGAAGUGACGGAUUCGUUUACGACCAGUCUACUAACGUUGAAUGUUGAAGCAGAGGACGAUGGAAAAUAUCUCGUUUGUCGUGCAGACAAUCCACGGUAUCCCGGGGGAUCUACUGAGGACCGGAGACAGAUACAUGUUGCAUAUCCUCCCAAGGUAGCGGUAAAGUCCGACACGGGGUUGACGUCUCCAGUUAAGGAAGGAGCUAAUGUAGUAUUUAAGUGCGAAACUGUGGCCCGUCCCGACCCACACGGUUAUAAUUGGUACCACGACGGCCACCUAAUUCAAUAUAACAAUACGGCAGGACUUCAACCGAUGGAUAACAUCUUAAGAAUGGCGAAAGUAACAAAAUCGUCUGAUGGCCAAUAUUCCUGCUCAGCUGCAAAUACCGAAGGAGAAACAUAUAGCUCUCCUUUUACUCUCACAGUACAAUAUGCCCCACGUUGUGCUAAAGGAUUUGAAGUGAUGAGAGUCGGAGCGCUUUCUCACGAAGCUCUUACUGUUGAUUGUCACGUCGAUGCAUUACCCGAGGUAACGCGGUUUUCCUGGACGUACAAUACGAGCAAAGGAGUGCUUCCAGUGCAGGGAGCAAGAAUACAUAAUGAAAACGGCGUCUCAACGUUACACUUUGUCCCGGGCACUGCGGAUUUGGAAUCUUUAGCCUGUUGGGCCACCAACAGUGUUGGAAGACAAGAAAAACCGUGCCUGUUUUACAUAAUACCCGCAAGCAGUCCCGAAUCCCCGCACGGUUGUAGGCUUCGCAACUCGACUACCGGAGGAGUUGAGGUGACAUGUGUUGCUGGAAACGACGGUGGGCUCCCGCAAAGUUUCGUUCUUGAAGUUACGGACAUCGCAAUACCUGCACAACCGCCAAGUGUUACCACCUUAAGUGAUCAGGGGGAACGGUCCCUACCGCUAUAUCGAGUAUUAGGGGAACAUCCGACUUUUCGGUUGCAUAGCUUAAAGCCGGAUAGAGAAUAUCAACUUUUAGUGUAUGCGGUGAAUGCCAAAGGUCGCAGCGCGCCUCCCGUUGUACUGUCCAAAGUUAAAGUGGAAGUCCCCGUAGAUACAGUUCAAGAGAACGGAUCUACUGUUAUACCCAUAAUUGCCGGAGAAGGAUCGCCUCCGACAUCACAAAGUUUAACUCUUAUCCUAUUAGUGCUCACCGCAAUCGCUUCCCUUCUUAUAGUGGGUAUCAUCUCUGUCGCCACAAUUCUUGCAUGCAGGAAAAGGCCGCCUGCUGUAACAGGACAAAGUACGACAAGACACAAACCACCAGACGAUAUGGAACUUUCCGAGGCGGGAUUUAGCGAGGGUUUCCAGAGACGGAGCGCGCACUACAGAGCGAGUUUAUACUUACAAGAAAUUGAUAGAAACUCCCGACAAGCUACGGGACUCCCAUUUCGUUUUCAUCAAAUUCCUCGAGCUGGUUCGAUUAAAUAUCAAGUCCAGACCUAAUCCUUACACCCACCGCUUUUUGUGUACAACAAAGUUCCGAAUAUUAACAGAUGAUUUUGCUGACGUGGAAAAUAAGAAGCAAGAAAAAGUCGAAGGGAUCUUCAGAAAAACUCAGCAUAGGUCUCAAUUCAAUAUUUUACUAGUCAUUCCAACGCGAACCAUAUGGAGAACUGAGAAUAUUUUAUGUAUACGUCUUCUAAAUCCUUUUUCUAAUACUAUCCAUAGGUUGGCAAGUUAUUUUUAUUACCAGUUUUAGGAAUCAUUAAUUUGUUAGGGUUUAGAUUUUGUGAUAUCCCCAAUUAAUUGUGUUUUAACCUAUAAGUUUGUACGUAGUUUUCUGGUUUAAGGUUUUGUAAAUAAUUUUAAUUACUUUCGAACUUAUUAGCAGAUUUCCUGUAAUUUUAUGCAAUAUGUAGUACUUGUAAGCGCGUUAGGUUUUCGAAACGUAACUUCUGUAAUUUUACCACAUUAAGUUCCGUUUAAUUGUCUGGCGCAGAUGUAUUGAUUCUGUUUUAUUCACGUGCAAAUUUUAAUAAUACACGUGUGUUCAAAGUUGGUGUUCAUAUGAACCAAUCUCACAUCAAUCAGUAUUUUAAUUUAAGCCGCUACCUCCUACUAAAUUAUUUUUUAUAUUUCAUAAAAUGAUAGGCUUGCCUUAUGUAAAAUUUCAUAGAAAUAAAAGAAUUUGAGUAUUGUCUUAA